AUGCUUAACAUGGGAUACCUCAAUAUAGAAAAAAAUACACGCUACGCAGAUACAAGCAAUGAACUCAAUGGGGCUAUCAACAAUGCGUUCGAGCUUCCUACACUUUUCAUGACAGAUGGCAACCCGAAAAACGACGACAACCCAAUACUUGUAUCGCAUGUUAAUGACUCAGAAAUAAUAUACAAAUUGAGAGACGGGGCGAGGCUGAGGAAUCUUAUUAUGGAAGAGGCGAAUUGUGAACAAACCCCGUGCCUAUACGACAGUCCAAACUUUAUUCCUGCUACAGACAAAGAACUGACUGCAGCAAUAUGCAGUGUGCCCCAAGAAGCAUACGAAAACCCUCUGAAAAGCAUUUCCUCAGGUUUUUUUGUUUUCAUCAAGUCAAAUGCUGCGAAAGAACUUUCGAAUAUUCCUGCUCAUCUUCUGUACGAGUUUCUUGAAAACAUACAGGAUUCAUGCAUAGAAAAUGGAAGAGUUCAUUUACUAGCUGACUGGCUUUUAGGGAAGAUAUGCAAGUACAAGCAAGAUGGCAUCGUUCUGUCCCCAACAGAAAUGGCGCAUUGCAUUUCUUCUGCUGCGCUGGCAUGUGAAAUAAUUCGGGAGAGCACAUUAAACAAAAUGUCCGCAACGAUUUUAAAGUACAAACGACAGCUGCGUAAGCUAGGCGGUGACAAUUGCAGUGGGGAAUACUAUGCACUAAUCUUAAAACGGGCCAAUACAGAAUUAGAAGGAUUAGAAAACCAACAUCUAGAGUUUUCUGGCGUAUACAAUAUUUUAAGGAAAAUGGCCACUACGCUGUCUGCCGAAAUAUCUCCUGCCAAAAUUUCAAUUUAUACAGGCAACCCCAUAGAAGACCUCACACCCUCCAUUGAAGAGAAAGCCAAGAAGUGCAAGUCUGAUCAGGCAUGCUUAGACGAAUUGAAAGAGCUUGAGUUAGAUGAACAGUUUUAUCUGAAAAUACGCGAUAAUGUAGACAGAAAAGACCCACUAGGUGAUAUAGCAGCUGUUAUAAAAGAUAUGGAAGGCAUGGUGAAAGAGUUAAAAGGUGCAGCCGGAACAACAGAAUACCGCAUAGAAGUAAAGAAGAAAGACCUACUACGCUUUGACCCAAUGAUUGUUAAGCAAACCAUAAGUGAAAUUUCAAACACUCUAAAGGGUUUCGCCAUUAAGGAAAAGAGAUUCGAAAUACUAUGCACUAAAGUACUAGAAGCUUUAAGCUCAGAAACAAAAGACCCCAUCCUUAUGGAGCCAACAACAAAUUAUACUCUUCCGCUCCGGGCGUGA